CUUACAAUGAAGAGAGGCAGAGGACUGAAGGAGUAAUGCGCUCAUUUUUUAUAAUGUUACGGUUUUAUAUGUAUCCUCAAUAAUAUGUGGGAAUGGUUCUAUGGGAAUCAUACCUGCGAUGAUGGAUUUCAGAAUUUUUCAGUGCAUUAUGUCAAUUGGAAUUAAUCUUUUAUAACGGACCAAGGAUGACAAAGAGAAAGGGAUGUCGAAACUGGAGAUGGCUGGCUCUUUGGUGGCAUCAUUUCUUUCUCUUGUGGAGUACAAUAGACGGACAAACUCGUUACAGCAUCACAGAAGAGCUAAAACAGGGCUCUGUGGUAGGAAAUCUUGCCAAAGAUCUGGGUUUAGGAGUAUCUGAAAUUUUUGACCGUAAGCUGCACGUUGCCUCCGAGGCUGGCGAGCAGUAUUUCAGCGUGGAUGCGGGGAAGGGCGAGCUGGUGGUGAAUGACAGAAUAGACAGAGAGGCUUUAUGCGGACAAAGCGCCAGCUGUGUGUUACCUCUGCAGGUUGUUAUUGAAGACCCGCUACAACUUUUUCGAGUUGAAGUCGAUAUUCAAGACAUUAAUGAUAAUGCACCGAGAUUUCCAUCGAAUGAAAUUACAUUGGAAAUUGCAGAAUCGACAGUUGUGGGGGUUCAUUUUCCACUAGAAAGCGCAAUAGAUCCAGAUGUUGGCAGUAAUUCCCUGAAGUCAUAUACUCUUAGUAAAGACGAAUGUUUUAGUAUUAGAGUGAAAGAGGUUGGUGGUGGAAGGAAGGUCCCUGAAUUGAUUUUGGCAAAAGUUUUAGACAGAGAAAAGAAGGCUGUUCACAAGCUUCUUUUGACAGCUCUGGAUGGAGGAAGCCCGGUAAGAUCUGGGACUGCACAGAUAACUAUUCGUGUCCUUGACAUUAACGAUAAUGUUCCCGCUUUCGAAAAAACGUCAUAUAAAGUAUCUGUUAGUGAAAAUGCCGUAGAAGGUGCGUUAAUAGUACAAACAAAAGCGACAGACAUGGAUGAUGGCCAAAACGGUGAGAUUGAAUAUUCGUUUGGAGCACACACAUCAGAUGCAAUGAUGUCUAUUUUCAUUAUCGAUCAUAUAUCUGGAACCAUAUUUCUUAAAGGAAAGUUAGAUUUCGAAGCAAAUGCAAAUUAUGAAUUAGACAUAACUGCGAAAGAUAAAGGCACUCCGAGAAUGGAGGGGCAUUGUACUGUUCAUGUGGAAGUUAUAGACGUCAAUGACAACGCGCCAGAAAUUAUGCUCACCUCUCAUCCUAAGCCGGUGCGAGAAGACUCCCCAAAUGGCACAGUGGUGGCAUUAAUCAGUGCAAGAGAUCUUGACUCUGGUGAUAAUGGUAAAGUAAGAUUACAGCUCCCUAAAACCUCUCAGUUUGCCCUGAAACCUUCUUUUUCCCAUAAUUACGCACUGGUUACCAGCGGUCCUUUAGACCGAGAAAAAGUCUCGGAAUUAAACGGACAGACUCGCUACAGUAUCCCAGAAGAGCUGGAAAGAGGCUCCUUGGUUGGAAAUCUUGCCAAAGAUUUGGGUUUAGGACUGUCAGAUAUUUUUAACCGUAAUCUGCGUGUCGCCUCUGAGGCUGGUGAGCAGUAUUUCAGCGUGGAUGCCGGGAAGGCUGAUGGACCUAUAAAAUACGUGGAGGUCCUGGGAGGAGACAUGCUGUCUCAGAGUCAGUCCUUCAGGUCCUGUAUGUCUCCAAUGUCAGAGUACAGCGAUUUCACUCUGAUUAAACCCAGCAGCACCACAGACUUUAAGGAGGUGAUCAGUGUCCUGGAUGCGUCUUUGCCCGACAGCACCUGGACCUUUGAGAGCCAGCAGGUGAGCAUAGAAUACUAA